UUUUUUGGUGAGAUCUCUCAGAUCUUUGGGGUUUUCGCUCAAAAUUGUUCUCAAACUUUAACCGGAACGACAUUCCGGUGAGAUCCCCUCUAGUUUUGUCCCCUUUGUCGUCCCAAAUCCCGGUUGGUAAUCGAUUCUCUGGUGAAAUUUUUUUGGGGAUAAAAUCGGAGUUUUAUUAGGGUUUUAUUAAUUUCUUAAUGGGAUCCUCUUCCUCCAAAUAUCUUCCGACUUAUUCGGUUGGUACUUCUGGGCAACGAAUUCCUGACUCAAACUGUGAUUGGGGCUCGAAAUGCAUUUGUCCCAACAACGAGCACUCGUAUUCUGGCGAGUAUCUGAAUAAUUUGAGGUUGGCCCAGAAGGAGAACACGAGUACCCGAAAUUAUCUCAAAGCUUGGUUUGAGAAAAUGGAAGUGGAGCCUGGUGAAGAGGUGGAGUCCAAAUACGACGAUCGAGUCCCCACACCAGCAGAUCUGAGAUUCUUUGGAGGAGACGAAUCUGAUGAGGAACCCAAUCACUCUGAUUCAUUCGACCUAUACUAUGUGGGUGAGUGUGAGAACACAACUGCUGGUCCAGAGGUUUCUGAUGGGCAAUGUUCGGUUUCGUCCCCAAACGUGAAGGAAGAUGAAAUAAAAAAAAAGCCACCUAAGGGUGUUGAUGAUGCUUAGAGAUAACAUUUUGGGUUGCUUCAUCAUCAUCAUAAUCUGAAUCAGAGUUCGUCCCGUCUCCUUCAUCAUCGGAAAAACCGAGGAACUCGUCCUCCUCUUGAUCUGAAGCCAUUAAUGUCCCCUUGCUGAUUAAUUGUAGUG